AUGGCCAACCAUUGGCAUCUGUUGGACUGGGAUUGUGUGCAGCCUGAUGCACUCUGCGCAAAAAGUAUUGAAUCCACAGCAGUAGCAGUAUCAGUAGCAGCAGCUGUGCAGCAGUGGGAUUGGCAGCAGCGGCACAGAGCACUAGGGAAAAGCAGGAGCACUUUGGACGUUCGCACCACUCAGAGUCGUCGGGUGCUCUUCCUGGCAGCUCGACAAGCAUCGUCCAUGGUCUCUUUGCAGCCCAUUGUUUUUGCACUGGGCCCUUUUGGUUUCCUUUUCGCCUUGGGUUCAUCAACCCAAAUGCAAACAACGGAUGCAUACCACUGCUUCCGCAUUCUUGUCAAGUUGCAGGCAGGCAUGUCGACUUGGACUCCCAUUGGACUUGGGUGA